CCAGACGGCCUUGCAGGGGAAUUGAUAGCGAGCCACCAUGUCAGAGAAGGCAAGCCGUACAACCCCCAAGUCUGAGCGCAAGGAGCUGCAGCCCAGGCCCCUUGAUGGAGCCACGAGCAACUACAGGUUGUGCGUCUUCGAGCAGGAGAACUUCCAGGGCCGCUGUAAGGAAUUCUCCGGCGAGUGUAUGAAUUUGUGCGACAGCGGCUUCGAGCGAGUAGGCUCGAUUCGCAUUGACUGCGGACCCUGGGUGUUCUACGAGCAAGCCCGAUUCUGUGGGGAGAUGUUUGUCCUGGAGAGGGGCGAGUACCCUCGCUGGGACUCCUGGUCCAACAGCCACAGCAGUGAGUACGUCAUGUCCUUCAGGCCCAUCCUCAUGGAUUCAGAGCAGCACAAGAUCUGCCUGUACGAGAUGGCAGAGUUCAAGGGCCGCAAGAUGGAGAUCGUCGAUAACGACGUGCCCAGCCUGUACUCCUACGGUUUCACCGACAGAGUUGGCAGUGCCAGCGUGGCCUGUGGAACCUGGGUGGGCUACCAGUACCCGGGAUACCGGGGCUGCCAGUAUGUUUUCGAGAAGAACGACUACAGGCACUGGAACCAGUGGGGCGGCCGCAAGCCUGAGAUUCAGUCCAUCCGCCGAAUCCGAGAUGGGCAGUGGCACAAGGUCGGCUGUUUUGUCUAGAUGCUAAAGGCAAGACCAGUCUCUUGAUGGAGUGACGCUGGCUCAGUCAGUCAGUGAGUGAGUGCGGCUAUUCAGACAAUUCUUAAAGAACACCAAUCACCAGGCUUUGCAGAUGUUG